UUCUGUCUAUACAGAAUAGAGAUCAGGAUAUAUGAGUAACUGACCCAUUUUCUAGGUUUUGCUUAUCUCUCAUAAAUUGGUUAAUGGAGUCAUCAUAUCCACCAUUAUUAACCAAGAAACUAUGUAACAUUAUCCGCAUAGCUUUCUUCUCUGUUCAAAAGAGUGUUUCCAAGACUAAAUUAUUCAUCCUUGAUUUUGAUAAACGAGGCAAGAUCCUUAAAAAAACCAUGAACAACCUCGUACUCGAUCACCAACCUUCUCUCGGCUGUCGUUCCGACAACAUGGACUUGUCGUUUCUUUCGCCGAUGAGUUGCCGCUCCCAUGACGUGCAUCUCUCAUUUGAAUCACCACGUGAGUACGAGUUUAGCUGUAGCAGCAGCGUUUCAAGCUAUAAACCGUUCAAUCCACGCCGUCGACGUAGAGGCACCAGACAGCGUCAUCUGCGCAACCACCGUACAAGCUACCACCAGUAUCAGUACCCGUACCACCCGGCGACGCCGUUAGUAUGGGCUGAGGAUGUGGUGUCAGAAAAAAGUAGUGCUGCGGGAUUUGGGUGGAGCCCGCUGGUGAGUCGACAAGUGAGAAUUACAGACUCGCCGUUCGCGGACGGUGGCGGUGAUGAAAGCGUGAAGGUAGAUAUGGAAGCUGAGAAGUUUAUAGAGAGGUUUUAUAGAGAAUUAAGGUUGCAGAAAUGGAUGGCUGCGAUUGAAAAUUAGUAAUGACAAGCAUGGAUUAGUUAUAAUUAAUUAGUUGUAAAUUCAGCACAGGCUUCUUCUUCUUCUUUUUUUGUUUUUGAAAAAUAGUUCUAUGCAUGUAUUGACAUUAUCGAACAAUGAAGAUCAUGCGAUUAAAAA